CGCGCUGAACAAGAAAACCAUUGAAGUAUUUCUGUGCAAGAGUUACUUUCGCGCGUAAAAAGAUUGGAGCCUGAUAUUUUACAAGAAUUUAAAAGGAGAAUUGAUAAUUUCCUGAAAAUUAAAUGAUUUUACAUCGAACAUAGGUACCAUGGAAAUUGAAGCUUUUCAUGAACAUGAAGGGGAUCACCAUCGUGUCCAUUUCAAUGAGGAUUCGGAUACUUUUGGCCAUGAUGCGGAUAUCAUUAUUCAUCCAUUGAAUGAUACACAUAUUAAUGUUCAUCUAGGUUUUUUACAGAUUCGCCAUAGAUAUGAGGUAUCUUUUGUGUUCCACAGUAAAGAGACAACAGGACCACUUGCUGUAAGAAAUCAAAACCCUCCAAAUCUUAACCUCAGGGUCACUGACCUCAAUCCAGUAGAAGGAAUACACGGAGGACCAGAAAUACCGUAUCGAAUCACCAUAGAGCUGUUCGCUUACAAAGAGAAACUACUCCGUGAACAGAUCGUACUAGAAGCCUGUGGUAAUUCAAUAUUUACCAUAACUCUGGUACUUCAUGCUCGAGUUCUUGGUAAGGGUAAAGGCACUCCAUUUCUGAAGAGUGGAAUACACUGUAUUGGUCAAGAAAUGGAAGAAGAAGAGUCGGAGUACAGUGAUUGGCAAGGUUUUGAAUAAGGUUUGUCAGUGACAUCCAACCUGCCAACUCCCAUUUUAGUUACAACUUCAGAGUUAAAGGAUACAAGUGUUAAUGGGGAGGGGGUAUGAGUAGCUAACUAAGAAUGAUAGAAAAAAGAUCCUUAUUAGUUUCUGCCAUUUGGUGCCUAUUCAAGUGUGAUUGGAGAUCAUCCCAUAACAAAAGACUAGAUUUAGAAGUUGGUUUCUUAACUUCGUUGUAUUGUUUUUAUUAUAAUCAUUAUUAUCUUUAUAGCUAAAGUUAUACAACAAACUCGUAUCUCUAACAUAUGUACAGCAUGCGACACUUUUAUAUAAAACAGGUGAAUUUUUAUAGCAUCUCGAGUGUAAUUAAAAAGAAAAAAAUAGCCUUCUCAUUACUGAAAGAUUCCUUCGUGGCUGACUUUGUCAUAGAAAUAUGUUGUUGUUAUUUUUUAUGUGUAAAAGUCUUGAAACAGUUAAGGUAGUUUGUGGUUGAACUUUUUCUGACUGUAAAAAUAACAAAUUCAAAAGAUCAGCCCUAGUUGUCAGGUGUAUCCAUUUUAUACCACCUCCUGCUUAAUCUAUGUUUUGUUAUAAUCAUGAAUGGGGGAGUACUGUGUCGUUUAUAAAAAAAUCUGUGCUGGAGAUUUUCGCCAAGAUGGAACCACUUCAGAAAAGUCUGACAUGCACAUACAUACAUACAUACAUAACGGACUUUGUUCAUCUGCUACAAUUCUUUUCACUUCAUAUUCGAACCAUCUUUCUAAUAUAAUCACAUGCCUGUACGAUUAUUUAUUCCAUAGGCCUACUGUUGGUGAUAAUCGCUCAUGUUCUGAUAAAGUCUGAGAGAAAAAAUUUAUUUGUGAAUGCUCUGAAUAUUACUACACCCAGUUCAAUUGUUCAUGUGUAGACAGAGCUUGGUGAUGUAUAUUUUCUGAUUUCCUGGACAAGUUCGUUUAAUGUAUCAAAAUAGCACAACUAUAAUCUUGAUGAAACUAACCAUGCCAUACCUUACUGAUAAAACAGUAUGUAACGCACUGUAGCUGUGAUUUUUAGUGAUGUCAUUAUAAAAGUGUUAUCUAUAUACUCGAGACGUGAAUACUUGCCUGUAACAGUUCAGCACAAUGUUAUAUAUUUAUUGCUCACAUUAUUAUUCAUAGAUAUCAGCCUUUUUUAUAUAACUGAUGCCUUCAUGUAUAUAUAUAUAUAUAUAUAUAAUGAUAUUUUAGACUUCUGGUUAAUAGAAUUAUACUGAUUGAAAAUUAGUGCAUCAUUUUUCAAAUCUGGUGUAUCAGCACAUUUAACCAGGUUUCAGUACAAAUACUAUCUUUUAUAUUAACUUUUUGCCAAAGUGUGGUCUGUUUAUUAUCUACACUAUAUAUUAAACAGUGCUGGUCACCAUCUGAAAAAAAAAAAGUUACCUUGUAAAUAACAUAAUUUUAAGAACAACUUGGUCUAUGUAUAAACUUUCGAUAGACUAGCAUGUUGUCUUCUUUAUGGAGCUUCACAUUCAUAAACGUGUAGCUUUGGAAAUCAAAAUAAUUACUUAAAAACAGUGCAUAUGAUACUGGCUAUAAUCUUGCAUACUUUUUUAUAUUCUAUACUUUAAAUGCUUUUCAUCAUCUUGUUUUUUCUGACUAAGACAGUUAUCUUUACAACAUGAACAAUAGAAGUCCCUGAGUGCCAGACACAGCUAAUAGCUGGUAGAUAAUCUAAGUACUUGCACUGUGACUCUGGAGAAUAUUUUAAAUGUCUCGUAGAACCCAAAUCCUUUCCAGCUUCUUGAAUUAAUGCAUGAACCUUAACUGAAUCUUUUGUUGUUGUUCUUGCAAGACAUGUCAUUUUAAUAAGUAUAUUUUAUUCAUAUUUGGAGUUAGAGAUACGCAUUAUAAAGUGUUGGUUGAUAUUAUGCAGUCAUGUAGUUGAUAAUAUAUGUAUAUAUAUGGUUGAUGAUGGAGUAAUUUGAAUUAUAAUAUGAAAACAUGUUAAUAAUUACACAAGUGUUUCAUGUUCUAGCCUCUGCAGGUGGUUAUUGCAAUAAGGCAAACCAAUCAUAGCAAGCAGUUAGUUUUUAUUUGUGUUAGCACAUUGGGCUGUCUGAGCUGUAUCCACUAAGUGGAUUGAGCUCUGAAUUCUAGCAUUACAAGUCCUUAAACUUACUGCUAAGUUAUUGGGAAACUCAGUUUCUGACUUGUGCGUUUGUAUCCAUUUUUCCUUGUGGCUUCAUCCACCAAAAUCGUGGAACAGGUAAAUGAUCAAAUGGACAGAGGAGGACGUUUGUUCACUAUCAGUUAUUAUUCAAGUGGUAUCUCGUUGAAAUGCUUCUUUCUAUGUAUUUUAAGUCCAAGAGGUCAGCGAGAACAAAGUGACGGAUGUUUACACUUCAUUCAGAGAGGUAACUGUUGCAUACAAAAUUUGUAUGUGCAAUAUUAUUAUUAUUAGAAAACAUUUAAAAUGUUUGACCACACUAACUAUAAGAUCAUUUUAUGUAGAUUAUGAUUCUAUUAGAAUAUCUUAACUUUUUGAAAUAUCAUAUCUGAAAAAAAAAUUUAAUACACGCAAGAAUUUCAUGGUCAUUUAAACAGUUUUGAACAUUUGACUAGUUUUUAACAAAAAUUCUUAUCCAUACAGUACUUCAUAACAUAUCAAAACAUUUAAACAAUGCAAGUUGCCAGUGUUCAAGUGGUGAGCUUAUUGAUACCAGUGUACAUCUGAAAAAUUUGAUAUAUUUUCACGGAUAUGUUACAUAAAAUGGUACACCAAAAGUGUCAUUGGCUACUAAAUUCAAAUCAACAGUGACAAAACUUACUUAGCCCAGUUUAAAAUGGUGGAAAUCAAUAUGAAUAUAAACACAUUAAUAAAUGUAGUGCAUAUAUUAAAAAAAAAUACAAGCAAGUGUAGUAGUAAAGUGAUUAUUUGGAGUAAUCUUUAUGACCCCCAAAGUGUCUCCAGAUGGAAUGAACUUCAUUCAUUAUAGAACAUGUAAUAAGAAUAAAACAAAUCCAUAUACCUUGCAAACGCCUUUUAACUAGUCCGUAUUUACCUCUUAUACCACUGUAUUGUAUCAUCUUAUUUUAUGGUCACAUUAGUUACAUAUCACAUAUUAUAGCUUUGGUACAGCUUUAUUUUAUGUAAGAUUCACUUUUCGUUAUCAGUCACUGGUCAGUUCAUGAUUAGAUUUUUUUUUUCAUUGCUUUGCCACAGAACUUGAAGUAAAAUUGGUAAUGUCUAUUGAUGUGAUUAGAAUUAAUGGUGUCGAGGAUUGCCGUGAAUUUGGGUAGGACAAAAAAAUUAAAUAUUUUCUUACUGCCCAAAUAGAUUAAUUAAAUCUCAGAUGUUUGUAAUGGUUUUGAGUAAUAUUUGUUAAGGGAAUGAAGCCACCUAUUGGUCAACAUACUAGUUACUCAGGCUGACGGUGGGUGAGUACAUCCCAUCAUGUGAUGAAUAUGUUAAUCUAAGAAAAUAGUAACAAUAUCAUUUGACUUUAAUUUUUCCAUACUAUAGCUUGUGUUGUCUUAAAACUUCAGUUGCAAUGGUCAGGGACUGAGCAUGGAGGAAUUCUGCUUCUUUGAACUGUGUAGUUGUGCUGUAUUCGAGAAAUUUUUAAGGGAUUAACCUUACUGCUAAACUUUAUAUUUGUCAAACAUAUAUAAUUGUUAUCUUCAAUUACAAGUAACAGUUUCUACUGAUAUUUGAAAGAAACCUGUAAGAUAUACAUUGUUUCUCUUCAAUUUUAUUAUCUUGACUCGAAGGUGCCUGCUGUGAUUAUUCUUAAUGUUCUAAAGUACUAUUUCUCAGAACAGUUUCUUGUAUCAAGGUUGUUUUCUUCCUAACAAUGUAGUUAAACUUGUGCCAAGAUAGUCUUUCUAUGUUUUGAAAUUUGCAAAGCAUUUCUGAAUACCAUUUUCAAAUGUUAACAAUCAAACUACGUCUUUGGAGGUAUAUGUGGAGUAGUAUGCCAUUCUUGUUCUGGCUAUCACUGAAAUAUUUAUUUUUAAGCUUUGAAUACACGAACUGAUGUGUAAUUUGUCUGUAUAACAAACUUGAAAUGUUUUUCAAUUAAAAUACAAUAAUUGAGAGUUCAUCAAGAGGAUAGAUUGUAUUGAAAGUUUGGCUUUACAAGUUCUGUUGAUUUUUUUUCAAUGAAUGUUAUGUUUCGUGUUAUUCUU